AGUUCUGAAGAGUUUGAUUUUUUUACUUUGUCAAGUGCAUGGCCGAAAACAGUUUGCCUUGAAGGCCAAACAGAAAAAUUAUAUUGCAAUAACACAUUAGACGUAGCGGGGUGGACUAUCCAUGGAUUGUGGCCAAGUCGUAUCGAUGGCAAAGAACCAAAAUCGUGUGGACACAUCAAGUUCAACCUCAAAACGCUGGACCCUUUGAUGGGCGAUCUGCUAAAGCUUUGGCCGAAUUUGUUCAAGUAUUCGAGCCUAGACAGUUUGUGGAGACACGAAUGGAAUAAACAUGGAACUUGUGCUGUAAGUGACAACAACACAGCAACGGAAUUUUUGUUCUUUAAGAAAGCUUUAGAUGUUUUUAAGAAAAUAAAUAUAAGUCGUGUUAUGAAGAAUUUGAAUAUAGUCCCAUCAGAUACCAAGUUGUAUAGCGUCAGGACCAUCUCUCGAGGUUUGAAGAAACAUUUUUCAGGCAUCGAACCAAUAAUUAUGUGUCUGGAUAUUAAAAACAAGACUUAUUUGCACCAAAUUCAGGUCUGCUAUGAUAAGGAAUUCAAUAUGGUGGAUUGU